AUGUUCGUCGUGUGCUCCACAGAAAAGCGGAGCAGGGACGGUGACUUGUGCGUGAGUUAGUUUAUAGUGAUGAUAGGCUUGUACACCAUCUACCGCGCUCUCUCUUCCCCACUUCCCAUCUGGACCCGGUGUCAAAACAGAGUCAAGAAGGCCGGAGGUGGGGGGAGGGCACAGGCGGUGACACAACCAAAGCCCCACCUAGGCGUGCCACCACACCCCCUGGUACACACAACAAAUGACAAGGAUUUUUUGCCAACAACAAUAACAGCACCCCAACAGUCGGCCAGAACGACGAAUUUAACUAGACAGCCAUGCCCAGCAUCUACGGAAGUAACGGGGACGCAGGCGUAUCUACCGGCAGGAAACCAGAUGUCAGGGAACCGUCAGCGCAUACCAGACUGCGAUGGCCGUGGUUUGCUGAUACUGUCAUAUCUUUUUAAAUAUUUGACGCAGUCUUACACUCGCCGACAGUUUGGCCGUCGCUGCCGACGGUGUCCGCCGUGUGCUCCACAGCGGGGUGAGAGAGCAAGGACGGUGACUGGCGCGUAAGCUGGUCUAUAAUGAUAGUAGACCUUCGCAGCAUCUACCGUACUCUCCCCCCCCCCUCCCACCCGAUAUCAAGACAGAGUAAAGACAACUGGAGAUGGGAGAGGACGCUAAGCAUACUACCGCACCUCCUGGUCCACAACAAACACUUUAGCAGGAUUUUACACACAAUAAGAGGAGAGGGGACGACUCGUAUCUACACGUGUGCUGGGCCCCCAACCUAUUCUUAAACACUCCAAACUGUGUCAUUGGCCGUCUGACAAGUCCUUUUAUGCUAUAUGGCCAGUACGUCCCGCGCGGUUCGAAAAGCUACCAUUCAUGGCAAGUUAAAAGACCAAAUCUGGACAAUUGGAGGUCAGUUGCAUUCGGUAAUGCGACUGGGGAGAAUUUUUUACGAUUUACGCUCCAGGUGUUAAAUAAUAUCACGUUUUUGGGUAAACAGCCAACUUCAUUUGAAUAUCAAAAAAAACAUGACAGAUAUAAUGACAGACUGUAUGGUAGUUUAUACUGAGUGGGAAUCCUUGUCAGGCAAAUUGCCAAGUUUUUUGAGAUCUUUGUCACUUUUAAGAAAGUUUGAUUCUGAGGUAGCGAUGACUUAAAACUUCAUACAAAACUGCCAAAGUAGAGUCUUGUGUGAGCAGACCUAAUGCAGCCCUUUAGUCCUUUGUGAGGAAUAAUCAGUUUUCUAUAGGCCAGGAUGGGGGAAUGACAAACGGUAACAGUAGCGUGUAGGACCCUACAUAGCCGGCAACACCAAGAUAUACACUAACACUCAGUGUGACUGUGAACAUAACUCAUUAUUCACAGUUCCCAUUGGUUGAAAUUUCCCUGCCUUCCUGACUAAACGUAAACUUACCAAUGGCGAUUUAUUCAAAGUCCGUUUUUUUUGAAAAUUUGCUUUUGGUUUGCCUUUUAAAAAUCGCGCCCACUUGCUUUGCCAAACGACAGCGUACGAUAGGACUUUCGGCAGAAAUUUGUUUAUUUUCUGCGUCUUCUCGCCCGCCGUCCUGCGUGUUGCCCACCCGUAAAACCCUCUCCACCAACACUCGACCUAUGUCGCGGUCCACAGGUUAGCUCAAGUUAGAUGGGGUCCUACACCCUACCAUUGCUUGAUAAACUCUUGAGAGCAUGCUUGAUUUUUAUUAUAAGAAAAGAGUCAGAGAGUUAAGGAAUUAAGGUAUAAAAAUUAACUUCCGGCCAGUCACAUGGCCGAUCUGUCCUAUGGAAGGAACAUAGGAUACUGUGCUAUGUCCAAAAGCCAUGAAAAGAAACGGCAGGAGAUCAUUUGGGGAUCAAAGCAUGUCCUGUUUAAAAGGUACGUGCAGACAUCGAAAAUCCAGUAGUCAUUAGUCUUGAUGUCUCCCUCAGUGGUAACAGUAAACGGCGGCAAACUAAAGUUGGAAAUUUGAUUCACGGUUGGCAGGCGUCUAAAGUCAUGUGCCGGUGUUAUCAACCUAUCUAUAGUAAUUGCAGAACGGAGUAAAAACUUCUUCUUUCUGCCUUUCUGGUGGUUGGUCAUUCGUCAUUAUUCGGUCAGCAGAAGGAGAUGUGGACCCAGAGCGUCCAGGCAAAAUAGAAACGAGCAAGUCUAUCUUCUAAUCAACGCACUACACUUCCGCAUGACCCCGGAGUUUUCCUGAACUCCACCAUGGGUCCGACCCAACUGGCGAGUCGAUUAACUCCAGUGUUUUCAGUGAUGAAAGAGCUCGACUUCGAGCACCAAGGGGUAGUCCGUUGAUAGCAAGGAGGCCGAAAAUAACCAUUUCAGUGGCACAGUGUUUGAUAACUUGAAAACUAAAGUCAAGGAGCAGUGGACGCUUGGCCAUCAUGUACUCUAACUGCUCAUAUACGUAAACGUUUUUAUAAGCGAUCGAUGUUCUUUCUUCAAGUAUAAAAUUUGAAGAAGAGGUAAUUUGAUACCAAUCAAGCACAAGAAGGAAUGUUUUUGCGCAUGUUUUCUAUAGAAUAUAUAUGAGUUAUUAAAGGCACCGGGAAUCAAUGGCAAAAAAUUAUGCUACUUAAAUACUAAUCAUAUAUCAUGUGUGGUCUUUGCAGGUGGUCACUAUUAUACCCCACCUACAGUAGGUGGGCUAACUCAUGAAAUGUCAACCGAAAUGCGUUUUCGUUUCGAAAAGAUUAAUUAAGCAGGGUUAUAAACUAGUCCGCCUGCAACAUAAUUCUAAAAUAUGUCAAUUACCCCAGGGUGUCGGCUUUUGAAUGAACUUCUUACCGGAUCCAUGCAAAAGCUACACUCUGCAAAAAAAUGAGUACUUAAGUAGCACGAAUUUUUCUCAUUGAUUUUCAGUGCUCCUAAAUGUCCAAUUUUAUUUCAUGGAAAACAUGUAUGAAAAUAUUCAGUCCUUUGGUCUUUCGGUAGAUCAUUACGUCUUCUUCCAAGUUGAUACUCGACGGAAUUAUAUAAUUCGAUUUUCAAAUAUUUUUCCGAUUAUCGAAUAAUUUUGAACCUGUUUUACCGUUACACUUGGAUGUAAGGCUUCGAAACUACAGGCCGUCUAUUUUCCGCAUACGGAAAACCACACAUUUCUCUACGGCAAAAAGGAGGACCAUAUGGGGUUUAUAAAAUUAAGCAGUGGAUUUGAUCCAUAUUAUUAACUUUACAAGCCACACUGGUAACUACACAGAUAUGACGAUUUAUGAACGGCCAUUUCACGGUAUUUAAAAGUCCCAAAAUUAGAACUUCUUAAAAGCGAAUUAUGUCCCUCUUAGAGUAUAAAAUUAGAAGAAGACAUAGAUAUCUGACGAAUGAGCGAAAUAAUGAAAAUUUUUAUGCAUGUUUUCCAGGAAAUAUAAUUGGACAUUUAGGGGCAUCGAAAAUCAACAAGAAUAAUGCAUGCUACAUAAGUAGUCAUGUUAUAUAGAAUGUUGUUUUUGCAUGCGGCCGAAAUGCAGUUCAUUCAAAAGUCAGCAUCCUGAGGUAACUGAAGUAUUUUAGAACUAUGUUGCAGGCUGACUAAUUUUACAAACCUACUUAAUUAGCCUUUUCAAAACGAAAACGCUUUUCUUAAUUUCGGUUGACACUUUAUGAGUUAGCCCACCUACUGUAAGUUGUCCUUUAUACUCAAAAACGAAUUUCGCAUUUGCAUUUAACGUUUAAUGAGAUGGACCAGCUACAACAUCAACAGCCGGAAGAGUAGAUCUGCGACUAUACGUUGCGUGAAGAUAAAUGGUUGCAGAAGAUGCCGCCGACUCGCGAAUAUCUUUAUUCAUGAGCGCCCCCGGUCUUGACUCUAUCUUGAUAUCGCGUCCAGCUGAGGAGUACUUAAGUUCUUCUCUCAGCGAUCGUGUCUCCUUCUUCAAGCAACUCAGACACGUUGAAGUAGCACUACCAUAAUCUUGCUACUUCUAACCCAGGAGAGAUGGCUUACUCAAGCCCGUUCGGAUAGCCGCGGGUCUUCGAUUUAUGGCGUUAUAGGAUUGCUGCCCGUAUCGAUGACGCUCACAUUCGGCUUGUAUAGCUUUCCAUCCGACAGGAUUCCUUUCAGUUGCUCAUCCCUCCCUUUCCUACGUUCUCCUUCUUUUUGCGUCAGCCUGCUGAUUACCGUUCGACUUCGCAUUCAUGCGACAUAUCAUAGAGUACGACCUUACCGCUUCUACAGAGCACGAGUGUUCCGCUGUCCCUUUACCCGAGAGACCAAUUAGGGAUUUCCUCGUAAUCCCGUACGAAAGGGCAGCCAGAGCGCAGACGGGACGUCUCCCUUUCAAACGCACCGGCUGCCUGCCUGCCUCCUGUCCCCCUCCCCCUUACGAACACCCGGAUGUAUUUCCUCAUAGGUAUUGGGCUGCAAACAAGGGCGCGUUGUAAACGUAACCACUCCCGGUAGGCGUUACGUUUUUGCACUACCGCGUUAACGAACUAUGACCCUCGCGUUCCCUCAGCGGUGGUCUUUAUCGGUGCGUAUUUCACUUACCACACCGCGCUCAUUCCGGGUUCCGACUGAAACACCAUGGUAUUCCCUACGCUUAACGCCUACGCCCAGCGGUUAACCCUCCGUCCUUACAGUCAUCGCCGGCUGCAGUUUAGUAAGUCAGCGAUCGCUUGCGGAGACCGCCAUCUGUCCUCUCCCGCGCUUCCGCGGAGUUGCUUUCUUAUCUCCACAACGGCUGCAUCUUCAGUCUGCAUAACUCAGUAUACAGAGCUUACCUGAAGGCAUGCCCGUCUGUGUGCUGAUGCAAUGUUUGCAAUAGCAUCGGUUUUCGACAUCGACAUACUAACCGACAAGUCAGCAGUCCCUUUUGUUGCAGAUACUGCACUAGGUCAGGGGACCAGAUAACCUCCUAAAUCCGCGUGUAAUCCGUCGGCUUAUUCAUUUGCGGAACUGCUUUCCGUCGUCUUUUGAGAGACUGGGAUCUGCAAGCAGGACAAAGUGGGAAUUUAUUCACAGAGUGCUGAAUGCUCUGUAAAUUGCAUAAUCCCCCCCCUUAGCGUCCUGCACACUACUACAACUUUGUUUUGAUACACACAUGCGACCCCAGUGGUAAUCUACUGUUCCUUUCGGAUUUUCCAUUCCGAACUUCCCUACCUUUCGCCUUUAAGUCGUACCAUGACUGCGUUGUACCGCUCUGCGUGUCGCUUCCUGCGUGCUGUGUCCUCGCAUUCAGUAGGUUGGCCGGAGUUUUCGCGCACACACCACGGAAUGACCUUCAGUUAGACCGCCUUCCUGCCAUUGGUUGUUCGCCUCCAAUUACGAUUCCUUCCAAUCAACCGCCAGUAUGCACUUAUUCCGAAAAUCGUACUACAUAUGCCGGGUUUAUUAUGCACCUUUCUCACUUAUUUCACCUUAAAUAAACUAGCCUAAGACUUUACCAUGAUCGUUGGUUCUGCGCCUACCUAUUACAGCCACUCCCGCCCGCAUGCGAUUGCCCCACUCGUAUACCCCUAUUCCCACCGGUACCGUAAGACAGGCAACUGGGGGGUUUCCCUACCGAGACGACUACCAACCGCGACCAGCGGCCUUGAUGGGAUUUGAGCCCGCCACAGUUAGGGAAUUGCUUGAGCACAGCCAAAACUCUAAGCACCUGAACUACGAGUUUUUUACAUAUGUAUCAAAUGAAUAACUCAAAUCUACUAAAAAACACGUAUGACAAACUGCAUGGUUUUGCAGUCGAUCAGUAAGGAAGGUGGGGGAAGGGAAGGAAUAGUGUCGGUGACCAAACUGAAUCCGCGGUCUUGUUCGCAGUGGUCAUACUGCCUGGCAACGAUGAGCGUCCUUAGUUAGUAAUUAAGUUACCUCAUUUGGUCGCGUGGGCAAAGCACGUCAUAGCAGAGUGGGGGGAGGGUCGAUUAUCGUGUCUGGUUGUGCAGUUGAUGUCAGACGCUCAGACCUCCAGCAGAUCUCUCCCGGUCAUAUUGGCGACCUGCACCGUUAUUCGCGUACUCGCGUAAUUCCUCGACAUGGCUGCCCCUUCCAGGAUAUGGGCCAAAGAGGACGAUGGCUCAGUUCACGAAUAGUCAAGUCUUACAGCAUAAAGUCGCUGCUCAUGUGCCGGAACUCCUCAAAUACUUGCUUCCAUUCGUAAUGUAUCAACUCUGACCUGCUGAUAGACCCACAGCAAACCAUGUGCAAAUUUGAUGCCAAAACUUGCUUGACUUUCAGACAGCAUAAAUUGCACUUAGUUCACCGCUCAUCCAGUCUGGCAGCUAUGCCUCCUCCUCCUCCUCCUCCUCCUCCUCCUCCUCCUCCUCCUCCUCCUCAACCUACCCUCAUAAUCGGUUUUUCAUACCAGUACUCGGACGGGUCUACCAGUAAGUAACGCGCACUCGUCAGGUGCCGUGCAGCAUGCAAGUUCGGCCUGAUGGCAUCUCACACUUCUAACCGGGAGAAAUUCUCAGUGCCUUCGUUGCUGGAUGUGCAGGUCCACUAGCAGCAAACUGACUUUAUGCCUGGCAAUUGUGCUUCCAGGACUGCUUUGAAGAGGCUGUCUGACGGUCAGAUUCUCGGUUUACCAACACUCCCUUGUCGAGUCGCGCGAAUAAGUCACCUUACUGGCGUCUGCAGGUGAAUUGCUUGGUCACAUUUGUUUUGAGGACCACAGAAAAUGAUAAAAAAAACCAGCAAGAUCUUAUUUCGUAGCCGUACCUGCUAUUGGUUAGGGGCUGGGGUUAGGAUGGAGGCAAGAGGGUGACUUGCAUCUGGCGCACUCUCACCUACCUCAUCCACUUGAACUCUGUAGUGGGACAGAGGCCGGAGGCAGGGUCGGGCGCAGUGACUGACAAAGCCAAACACGGUCCGUCUACGCGUGCCACACACAACCCGGUACGCGCACAAAGGACAAGGUUUUAACAGAAACAGCCAAGGGCGGUUGCUUGGGUUUUGAGGACUUACUAUCACUGUCACUGACAGGUGUGAAGUGGUGGUCACCCGGCCAGUUAAUUGCUUGUAAGCCAGGAGAUUUUUUAUGUCGACAAUUCAUUCAGACCCCCUUUUUUGCUUUCCAGUGGGUUUUUGCCUUAAAACAAAAGAGGCGCAAUAGAUGUUUCCUAAAGGCAAAACAUUUUCUCUUUCACCUAGGCGAAUUGAUGUCGAGGGGGUUGAUGUGGGUCCUAAAGGCCUCCAAAAGACGCUUAAAAUCCUCCUCAUACUGAAUUCCCUCCUUUUGGGAUUUUGCUUUGUCCUCGUACAGUCGGCUGCGAUGAUGUUGGCGGUAACAGCCGAAGUGGAAGCUCGCUUCCAUGCGUAAGUUCAUUUUUUAUAUUAUCCACAAGCAAUUUGACUUAUAUGGCGUAUAUUACAAUGCGUGACCGAUCUCAUAAAAUUAGUUUUCUAUUAGUAACGGUUACUGAGGUGGAGUGGUAAUAAUGAUUAUCCAGCGGCAUAAUCCUAUAGUAUUUCGGCCUUGCCAGGAUGUCGGCUUUUGAAUGUACUUUUUUUCGACCUCUUGCAGAAACUGUAUUUGGUAAAAAAUGCCUAAUUGCAGCACAUGUAUUUUCCCCAUCGAUUUUCGAUGGCCUUAUAAAUCCAGAUCCGUUUGAUAGAAAACAUGCACAAAAUUUGCUUUAUUUUACUUGCUUAGUAGAGAAUCACGUGGUCUUCAUAUUUUAUACCCGAAGAGAGAAUAUAUUCAGGUUUUGAGAAAGUUUCCCAAUUUCCGAAUAAUUUUGAGCCAGAUCAGCCGUUGAAUUAGUAUUUAGCGAUUUCAGUCUACAAGAUGCAUGCUUUCGGCGUAGGAAAAAUCAUAUAUUCCCUAAUGUCUUUAAAAAGGUGUCAUAUAAAGUUCAUAUAAUGUUGCAGCGGAUGCGAUUUUGUUGUACAUUUCAUGAGGAGCACUUGCAAACGGACAUGUGCGACCCUGUAUGUAUGGACAAUGCACGGUCCUAAAAACCUCAUAAUUUGAAACUUUUUGAAAACAGAUAGAUAACCUUUCUUCGGGUAUAAAAUAUUGAGACAAUGUGGUUUUCUAACAAAGGGGUAAAAGAAAGCAAAUUUUUGUGCAUGUUUGCUAUCUAAUCUAUUUAAACGUCGACAAUUAGUAUGAAAAAUGCAUGCUUCAUAAGUAGUCAUUUGUUACCAACUGUGGUUUCUAAAGGAGGUCAAAAUGAAGUGCAUUCAAAAGCCGAUAAACUGGCGAUUCUGAAAUAUUAUAGCAUCAAGCCGCACAAAAAUAACUUAUACAACCCAACCAAAGUAAACCUCCCCAAUCAAAGACGCAUUUUAGAAUUUCGGCCAACAUUUCAUGAGAUAGAUCACUCACUGUAGUUGCUAUGCUGGGAUUGACCUCGAUGGGUGUAGUUCCUUUCUUUCGCAGGCGUGUGAAUGCAACGAAUACUCGUACUUUAUAGAAGGUAAGAAGUGGAUUGUAAUCUUAAUUUGUAGAAAAAAACAUUGAGUAGGAUGCACGCUUUAGGAAAGACAAAGCGAGGAAGACGGGGAUAGUAAUUUCUGGCUUAUUAACCGUCGCCAACCAGUCGUACGCAACCGCGGGUUCAUAGCACCGGCAUUCAAAUCCGGACUUUUUGGCCCCUAAAUAGUCUGUUGUCCCACCAUUAAGCCACGGUCAGUUGUCCUGUCGGUUGCAAUCAGUAGUAUGAAAUAUUGUGGAGAAUUUUGCCCACGGUUCAUGAUUCGAGACGUGUUGGACAAUUUGCGUCCUAAGACUCAAGCUAGAGGCCUCCCAGGCAGUGACCAGAAAAAAAAUUCACGAGUUCCGACGAAGAAAAGGGAGUCAGGAGCGGCCAUUUCGGGCUUAUUAGCCGUUUCAGCCAGCCACAGUCCCCAGAAAUCUGGGUUCUAAUUCGGAAUCCUUGGUCAUCAGACCCUGAACCAAACGUUCUGCCACCGAACUGCGGGUGUGACGUUCUAUCACUCACGACCGGGCAUCUGACUUUGCAUGACAACGACCUUCAUCAAUGCAUCCCUGACCACAGGAGAGAAUACAAAACGGUCCAAUUUAUCCCUGUAGCUCUGCUCUUAGGUCCUCACGCGCAGUCUCAUAUGUACAGGGGCAACGACUAAUUGAGAACUGCUGUCGACAAGGCCAGAAAGACUGGCUAGCUCACACACUGACCCGCCCCCUCUUGCUUGCAGAUAUUGUAAUCAGUGUGUGUGUGCGCGCACGUUUGUGCGAUGAUAAACCUACCGUUCCGCUCUGGGAUGUAAAAUUUAGCAAAUUUUAACGCCCCCCACUCUAGCAACUCUAGUCGAUGAAGUUUUUGACGGAGAUUUGAAAGAUCACUAUUGAAGUGAUAGGACGGGCCUCCCGCAUUACUCUUAGAUCCCGGAGGUCCCUCUUCUGACGAAUAAGUGAUCCAUUCCUCUCUUCGAAGAAACGCCAGAAUCCGGUGACUGCAGGCGAUGGCUGUAGACUGAGUCCCAAGGGGAAAUAAGACGACAAUGUCUCGUCACCUGAUCUCUGGAUGCGCCUUUCUCACGACAGAAAAUCCCUUCUACACUCUCUGACAUCGUAUUUGAAAACUUGAUACGUAAAACAGGGGUUACAUUUGUCAUAAAAUGGACUUACUCCGCGUUUUGAAGAAGGAGACACGAUCGCUGGGACGGGAGCCUUAUUAGCCUGACGUUUCGGAUUCCUGCUCGAAUCCAUCAUCAGAGACAAAAGCAGAUGAGGGGUUGCAUUGCAUUUGUACUGGUUUGGAGGUCACACUUAAGUCACUGAUCUUGGAGCGUUUAUAGCGGACGCUGGUAACUGACCCUAUGGCAUUUCGACCAACGUAUGCGACAAUGUCGUCCGCGUGUCCUACAGCGCGGUGGACGCAAGAGGGUGACUUGCGCAGCACCUGGGGUACCCUCUCCCAUCUCCCCCACUUUGACUCUGUGGCGAAACAGAGUCAGGACGACCGGAGGCAGGGUCAGGCGCAGUGGCUGACAAAGCUAAACACAGUUCGUCUACGCGUGCCACACACAACCUGUUCACGACACAACCAAGGGGGUGCGGUUCCACAUGGGUGGGUGUGCCAUAGAGGACACUUUAAAAGGUAAUCGUUGGGUCCGACCCUCAGUCUACCUACGGAGGGUCGAGCUAUCCCGUCAGAUGACAGCCUUCAAAGUGUCGACUUUUAGCGCACUGUGAUAGUUUCAGUAGGCGUCACAUUCAGUAGUAACGAGGAGGGAUUUUCAAUGCCUUGGUGACGGAGUCCCCCUAGACGACCUCAUCCGCUUUUUCCUGUUCCCCAUGCCUACCCACUACCCGAGCCAGCCACUGGGAUUGGGCGGAGCGGUUAAAAGGCCUAUAAGGACGCGUGUAGGCGUGCCACGCCCAGCCUGGCCUCAGAAUACUGCACCAAGUUUUCACGAACUAAAACAGCCACUCGGGUCUCAUGCGCACGAGUGUGCAUAAAGGCCAGAAUGACAUUAUAACUGGCUGACCAGCCACGUGCAAAUGCUCAAUUUCCGCUCCCUUACAAUCGAGGCUGACAGUUGAUUUGAUGACAAAUUGUCAAAGUUAAUUAGUAGUAUCUACAGUAGAUGAGCUAACUCAUGAAAUGUCAACAAAAAUUUCGAAAUGCGUUCUCGUUUCGAAAAGAUAAAUUAAGUAGUGUUGUAAAGCUAAUCAUGAUGCAGCAUAAAUCAGGGUGUCGGCUUUUAAAAGAACUUAUUUUCGGCUAAAUGCAAGAUCUAAACUCUGCAAAAAAUUACUACUUAUGUGGCAUGCAAUUUUCUCAUUGAUUUUCGAAGUCCAUGAAAAUUCAAUUAUAUUUCAUGGAAAACAUGCAUAAAAAUAUUCAUUCUUUUACGCAUUCGAUAGAAAAUCACGUCUUCUUCCAAUUUCGUACUCAAAAGAAGAGUAUAAUUCGGUUUUAAAAAACUUUUCUAAUUCCCGAAUAAUUGUUAACCCGACCUGCUGUUACACCUGCAUUCAGGAUUUCAAAACUACAAACUGUACAUUUUCCGUGUACGGAAAACCAUGCAUUUCUCUACGGAGUUAAGAGGAGACUAUAUGAGGUUCAUAAGAUUGAGCAGUGGAUUUGAGCAAUAUUGUUAACUUUACAAGCCACAUUCGUAAAUGCAGAUACAUGACGUUUCAUGAACGGCCAUUUAACAGUAUUAAAAAACGUCACAAUUGGAAACUUUUUUAAAACCGAAUUAUGCUCUUCUUUUGAGUAUGAAAUUGGAAGAAGACGUGAUUUUCUACCGAAUAAGUAAAAGAAUGAAUAUUUUUAUGCAUGUUUUCCAUGAAAUAUAAUUGAAUUUUCAUGGGCUUCGAAAAUCAAUGAGAAAAUUGCAUGCCACUGAAGUAGUCAUUUUUUGCAGAGUAUAGAUCGUGCAUGCAGCCGAAAAUAAGUGCUUUCGAAAGCCGACACCCUGAGGUAACUGGAUCAUUAUAGAUUUGUGUUGCAUUAUGAUUAGCUUUACAACACUACUUAAUUUAUCUUUUCGAAACGAGAGCGCAUUCAGAAAUUUUGUUUGACAUUUCAUGAGUUAGCACAUCUACUUCAGUACACUGUGAUUUCAUAUACCUCUCUUGCGAGGAAGUGAAUUGGUCAGACAGAGGUCUAACGUUGGGUAGACUGAGAUGGUAAGGAGUGGGAUGGGGGUAACGGAGUGACGUGAAUUGACUGGCGCAGCAGCUAUUGCCCCAGGUUUAACAAUCCAUAGUGAAUUGUCGAUAGUAGGUGAUUGGUAUAUUGACCAGUCUUCCACGCAUUUAUCUCCGGCCCAGCGCCAGCCUUUACAAAUACGUCCGAGUACGAAUUGGAUAGGAGGCGAGGUCAUUGGCAUUCAAGUUCAAGCAACCGAGUCAACAACUUUCCAACGUAUUCUCCACUAGUGUAAUAACCAACUAUUUUUACCAUUUUCUCAGGGCCUGUUACUCCAGUUCAGCAACCAUGAUGGUGGUUGCGGUUGUCUUCAUUCCCUUUGCCUGCAUUGCCCUAGUCAAGACGGUCUACCUGUCCACCGCCUUCAAGAGUAUCUUGACCUUCCGCCAAGAACAGUACGCCCAGAUUAAUUCCGUAAGUCACCUAACCAACUAUUUCUUUCAUUUGGGUGAAACCAUCUUGUUGCCAAAGUAGGAGCGUCUGCACCGGGUGAAAACUAGAAAGUUUUCCAGAGGUGCCAGAUCGGACAGAAAGGCAACCGCGCCUUUUGAUGUCUGGAUACGAUGUGUUUUUCGAGGUCCCGUAGACUACACCCUGCCAGAGCGGAUUUCCGUACUUUCAGGAUCUCCUCUGCUUUGGGCUGAAAGGAUGUCUACUGUGCCGCUGUAGUCGCGGGAUUGGAGGGUACCUCAGAUGCACUGGGAUAGGAGCCUCCCUACGGUGAUACAGGUGGGGCUAGGCAAAAUCUCAGUGUUCCAUCCCUAACAUUGAGCCUAACUCAAAUCUUAACCCGAACCAUAACCUUGACAAUAACUUCGAUCCCCCUGGAACUUGGCGCAAGUUCCCCGUAAUAGGCGGGGAUUCCUAGUCUCGUGUCCUGACCGAUUUCGAUUCCCAUCUCAGACGACUUUCGAAUAUGUGACUCUUUCAGAGCAAUUUUAUUUCGUUUUUUUUAAUUUGCAAACUGUCUCACACAAAGUAGAAGUACCCCUCGAUUAGGUGCUUAAUGGUAGGUACUUCAGGGGAAAUGAUAUAUAUAUAACAGCGAGCUUUUUGUUUUCUUUCAAAUUAACCAGAAUUGA